CAGCAAUUCGGAACGGUUUACAGCACAAAGAAGAAUUCCGUCACCAGGGUAACAGUCCAUUCUCGCACGCUAUUGGGUGAAACGCAGCCGGAAAGCUGUUCGCUGUCAUGGAAGCUGCGUUUCUUGAACAGAUGUCCGUCUUUCGUUAACGAUUUUCUUGUUUAAUCCUAGUUAAAUCAAUCGCACGCUCACCUUUAUGUAAAAUACAGCACGCCAUGGCCGAAAAGUUUGAUAACCUCGAAGAACACCUCGAGAAAUUCGUCGAAAACAUACGACAGCUCGGAAUUAUUGUGAGUGAUUUCCAGCCCAGCAGUCAAACAGGACUCAACCAGAAACUGAACUUUAUGAUCUCAGGACUGCAGGACAUUGAGAAAUGCCGACAGCAGCUGCAUGAUAUCAACGUACCUCUGGAAGUGUUCGAGUACAUUGAUCAGGGUCGUAACCCUCAACUCUACACGAAGGAGUGCUUAGAAAGAGCUUUGGCUAAAAAUGAGCAGGUUAAAGGAAAGAUUGACACAUUGACUAAAUUUAAAAGCCUCCUCAUUUCUGAGCUGGGCAAGGUUUUUCCUGAAGAGAUGGCUAAAUAUAAGGCUAUUCAUGGAGAUGACCCUCCUUCAUGAGUUACCAGUACCACAACACUGCAAAACCAAGAUGUACAUAUGUUGAUAUUAAUAUAACAUGUUUUUUUAAGCUUGAAUUUAUCAGUGAAAUAUGCAAUUUUUACAGCUUUUUCAUCUUUGUAUUUGCCUUUAUAAUUCACAAUUAAAAACUGGGGUUUAUUUUGGGA